AUGCCUGCGACUGACGAUCCAAACGGAGAAAAUUUGUGGGCAAAAUGGCUUGAAAUAAGUGCCAUUGAAAUAUAUAAUUCUGGUGCUCAAUAUUUAGAAGGUUAUCAAAAAUUUAAUGGAAUCAUCACUCAACAAUUCAAGUUUGAUUAUUUUGUGCGAACAUUUGAAUGUCUUAGAAUUCCAGCUAUUAAUUUUGAUGGUAUAGUUAAUGAGCGUGGUAUGAGUGUUAAUCGAACAUAUUUGAAAGCGUUUCAUUUCAAAUUUGAUUCAACAAGUUGUACUCUGAAUCAUUACAAGUGCUCAUAUCAUCUGUGGCGAAGAGAUAAAAGAACAAAUGCAACCGAUUUUAUAUAUCAAAAUCAACCACAUAUUACAAUAUACAAAUCAUCAGGUGAAUUAACAGCAUCGAUUGAUCAAAUAAUUGAAUAUGAAAUUAUGGAAGGACGAGAUAUUCAAGGAGAAUUGUUGACACAUCAGUAUAGAUUAUAUGAAAAUGCAACAUGUACACACAAUAAUACUAACUCAAGACAAUUUACUAUAUGUGCACAAAAUUGUGCCGAAGGAUCACCGCCUUUAUCAAAAGUUGUAACAUUAAAUAUUUUCACAGCCAAAAGAUUAAAUGACACUACUUAUCAGAUUCUAUUACCUUUCACAGUGUCCGAUGUAUUUCCAAGAUACAUUUCAAUAGAAAACACAAUUGUUAAUACGAAUAAUAAAGUUAAAACCAUCAAACAACAAAUAUACCGAAUACCUCAGGUUAAUUCAUUACAUAUUGAUGAUAUAAAACCAGAUAAUUAUGAAGACUAUACAAUUCAAGUAUUUCCUUACAACUCAAAUGACUACUACACAUUUCAAAAAUUCUAUAGAAUAAUAACUGAUCAAUACACGUUAUGUCAAGUGGAAUGUCGUGAACAUUGUGUCAAAGAGAAAAGAAUUUAUUUCAUUUCUAACGAUUUUGAGUCACAUCAACUAACAUUAUUUUGUCCAAAGUGUGAUUUUGCUCAAAUGAACACUGAAUUAUCAGCAGGCUCAAUACCAGUUCGAUUUUUAAAUCGGACGCCUAAUUCAGAAAUAUUACAACUAGAUUUAGCAGCACUUUCUUUAGAUAGUACAAUCAGUUUUGAUAUUCAAUGUAUUCGUAAUAAUGAAACGCGAAGCAAUCUAAAUAUCAAUUUAAUGCUUGUUGAUCAUCAGACACCAGCUGCUCUCGCAUGUGUUUUAUCAAGAGACACAAUUCGUGCCUAUCAUGAUAGUGUAACAAUCACUUGUGAAUCG